AUGCGAGGGCUCCGGCUGCUGUGGCCCCUGGUGCUGGGGCUCAGCCUGGUGGUUGGCACCCAAACCUCCAGCGACUACGACGAGGGCGGGAGUGCAGGAGGCAGUGAUGGUGAGACCAAGGAGUCAAAGCCCCAGCUCCCGCCCCACCCACGCAGCUUCCCUGGCCAGCCCUGCGCCAAUGACAGCGACACACUGGAGCUUCCGGCCAGCUCGCAGGCACUGCUGCUGGGCUGGGUGCCCACGCGGCUGGUUCCUGCCCUGUAUGGGCUGGUCCUGGUGGUGGGGCUGCCUGCCAACGGGCUGGCACUGUGGGUGCUGGCUACGCGGGUGCCGCGGCUGCCCUCCACGGUGCUGCUCAUGAACCUGGCGGCCGCUGACCUGCUCCUGGCUCUGGUGCUGCCACCACGGGUGGCCUACCACCUGCGGGGCCAGCGCUGGCCCUUCGGCGAGGCCGCCUGCCGCCUGGCCACGGCCGGGCUCUAUGGCCACAUGUAUGGCUCUGUGCUGCUGUUGGCUGCCAUCAGCCUGGACCGCUACCUGGCCCUGGUGCAUCCCCUGAGGGCCCGUGUCCUGCGUGGUCGGUGCCUGGCCACUGGGCUCUGCGCGGCUGCCUGGCUCAUGGCAGUCACCCUGGCGCUGCCCCUGGCCCUGCAGCGCCAGACCUUCCAGCUGUCAGGUUCCGACCACGUGCUGUGCCACGACGCACUGCCCCUGCAUGACCAGGCCACCUACUGGCGGCCGGCCUUCACCUGCCUGGCACUGCUGGGCUGCUUCUUGCCACUGCUGGUCAUGCUGCUCUGCUACGGGGCCACCCUGCACACGCUGGCGGCCAGUGGCCAGCGCUACAGCUAUGCGCUGAGGCUUACCGCGCUGGUGUUGGCCUCGGCUGUGGGCUUCUUCAUGCCCAGCAACAUGCUGCUGCUCCUGCACUACUCGAACCCCAGCCCGGAUGCCUGGGGCGACCUCUACGGCGCCUACGUGCCCAGCCUGGCAGUCAGCACCCUCAACAGCUGCGUGGACCCCUUGGUCUACUACUACGUGUCGGCCGAGUUCAGGGACAAGGUGCGGGCCAGGCUCUGCUGCUGGGUGUCGGAAGCCACCACAGCCUCCAAGGCUUCGGGGGGGAGAGACAGCCCAGGCACUCGCACCUCAAUCCUGUGA